AGCAACGAAGGCACGUGUGACUGGAGGAAUGUGUAAGACUUCAGAAAGGCUGACUUACUCAGACACAUUCAAUAUCAUGAGCUUCAACAAGACAUUCCUCUUAAUUAUUCUGCAAGGAUUAUACAUGGUGUCAUUUGGUCAGGAUAAAUGGGAUUUAUUAUUUCAUAUGAAAGCUUUGACUGGAUCCUGCGUAGAACUCCCCAGUUCAUUCCAGAAUCCCUGGUCUUGUCAGGAUGUCGUUUGGUACCAGCAUGAGAAUGGAAAUUAUAUAGAGAUUUCAAAAUCCAACGUAAGCCCAGAAAUCAGAAGUCGAAUCCUUGUUGUGAAAACGGAAGAUAAAAACUGCUCCCUGAGAAUAAAUGACGUGAGAGAUGACGACGAGGGUUGGUAUUACCCACAACUGAGAAGCUCAAUCAAGCUUUAUUUUCAAGUUAUUAAACUUGAUAUCAUAAAUACAUUAAACCAGCCAGUAAUUAUAUGGAAUGGAGACAUGAUUGAAGGGCAACCGGUCACUAUUACCUGCCAUGUGGAACAUACUUGUUGGUCCAGUCCUCCAACACUGUGGUGGAACAUGCCUAGCCAGCAUGGCAAUAAAGUGAAACAAAGUGGCAAAAUAUAUCAAAAAGACUUCAUUGAUGGAAAAUGGAUGUCACUAACAGACCUGGAAUAUAUUCCUUCGUCUGAUGAUCACAACAUGGACAUAUACUGCUCAGCUACUUUUUUCGAAGGAAAAACAAGUCAUGCCAUGGUCAAGCUCAAUAUCAAAUUUUCUCCAAAAAACACAAAUGUCAAGAUACUUGGGAACACACUUCUCAAACAAGGAAAUAAUGUGACUUUACAAUGCGUUACUCAAUCUAAUCCUGCUGCAUCGUCCUACACGUGGUACAAGGUAGAGGACAACUCCACUGAAAUGUUAGAAGAAACUACUGAAAAAUUAAUAGUCAAGAUUAUGAACUGGAAGAGUUAUAGAUAUACCUGCUCUGCAAUAAACACCCUGGGGACAGAAUAUUCCAACCCUUUAGAACUUUCUGUACAAUCUCAUGGAAACCCCACAUAUCUGGUGACAUCUGUUGUUCUUGGAAUAAUUUCAUUCAUUCUAUUUGUAUCAACUAUCUACAUUUGUUGGAGAUGCGGAAAGUGUCCGAAGCGUAAAUAUUGGGCUGCACAACCUGCUAAUACCAUAUAUACCGAUCUUGAAAAGAAGAACAUCAGCCCAGAUUAUUCAAAUUUAAAGCCUGAAAAUCGCCACAUUCCUCCUGAAGCCAUGAAGAUUGAUGAUGUUCGAGAAUAUGAAAAUAAACCCACAGAAAAUUGGUGGCACUGUAAAUUUUAUGACACAAUGAAGAUUUUCCUCCUGAUCAUUCUUCAAGUUUUAGAUUCCUCUGGCCAACAAUGGAUUUUUUCUUUCCCUUCACGGAUGGUAGCGCUGAUUGGUUCUUGUGUUGAGAUUCCCUGCCGGUUUGUUAAACCCAGUAAUUAUACAUCUUAUGAUAUUGUAUGGUAUCGCUAUGAGAGAAUUAACGAUACAGUGAUUUUUAAAAGCAACGGAAUAUCAGAAACAAUUGCAUCUUACAGAGGACGCACAUCGUUGGCGAAAAAUGCUAAGAACAAGUGCUCCCUCAGGAUAAAUAGCGUGACAUGGGACGAUUCAGCUCGGUUUUACCCAGGAAUAGAUAAAAAAAUUAAUGCAUAUAGAAUUCAAAAAAAGUUUAUAAAACUUCAAACCACAGCUGUUCCCAAUGUACUAGAUUUUAAAGAGCCUGGAGACAUGACAGAAGGAAAGCCUGUCAAUAUCACCUGCUCAGUGGAGCACACUUGUAUCUCGGAUCCACCGAGACUUUGGUGGAACAAGCCUGGUCUGUAUAACAAUACAUAUCAUACCGAACUGAAAGAUGGAGUUUGGAAAACUAAGCUAGUGCAAAUGUAUAUUCCAUCGUAUCAAGAUCAUGGGACAUUCCUUCAGUGCACAGUUGCACAUCCUAAUGGGCAAAUAAUGGAAAAAAAUGCUUUACUCCAGAUUGAAUAUGCUGCCAAAGGAGUUACGAUUGUACCUGGGAAAAACAAGUUCAGUAAAGGAGAUACUAUGGAACUGAUUUGUGAUUUCUUGACCUGUAAUCCGGAACCAAGCCACUAUACGUGGUAUCUGAACAGUUCUCUUCUAAUGAAUGAAAUCGAGAAAAUCCUGAUUAUGCAUGACAUCACCUCAAAGUUAUCUGGGAAUUAUACCUGCGCGGUUCACAAUGAAAUCGGAAUAUCCUUGUCUAGUCAUGCUGUUAUCAUCACUGAUAAUGAUACUGAAUCAAUUCCUGAGAACGACUCUACAUCCUACACACUGAAUCCUACAAUAAUUAUUGUGCCUGGAAUAAUAUGUAUGCUUCUCUUUCUACUGAUUGGCUUCUUUUGUUGGAGGUCUAGAAAGUUUCAAAAGGUGUUAUGCUGUAUGACCAAUCAAGCAGAGGAUGCCAAACCUUCUGAUGCUGUAUAUGCUGAUCUUCAGAUGAAAAAUAUCUGCACAGAAUAUGAUGAAUUAAAGCUACACAAAGAGAAGAUUCAUCCCCAUAUUCCCGUUAAAGAAAAUAUUUAUGAGUUAACACAUUAUGAAAAUGUUUCAACAGAGAAUUAAAAUUGUCUUGGUCAAUCAAAGCGAACAAACAUAUUUAGUGAACUUAAAAAAACAAAACCACAAGAUUUGUUUUUGAAUUGUUCAU